UUCUCGAGUUAUCCUAUAUAUUGUCCGCAUAUUUAUGAGAGAUCAUCGUAUCUUAUUUAUUUGAACUUUUCAAUAUUCUAUUGUUAAAAAGUUAAUGUGAAAUCACAUUGGUCAUACAAAUUAAUAAAUUCUUUUUAAUUUACUUCAUCUCCACUAAAUACUAACUCCUCUUUCUUUGCAAUAUAAUUUCUUACUUAAAUAAUUUUGCCUAUAAAAAUUAAGAUACGUCAAUAUUGAAGAUGAAAGUGUAGUUAAGGUAAGAAUUAUUUAUAUUUCCUUUACCUAACGAUGAAAGAGAAUAUGGACCACUUUUUUGCAGAUGAUAAUAUUGUGCCCCCAUGAUUUGAUGCGCGUAAAUUCUUUUUUUAGGUACAAAAAAAGUUCGGACGCAUAAUUGAUAAGUAGGAGACCUCACAUUAAUCUAUCAUCCUCAUGAUACAUUUAAUCCCAUGAUAUAAGUACUUGAACAUCAGAAGGAUUUCAAUGUUUACCAGACUCCUCUACUAUUGAAGUUUAAUUGUUAGGGAGACGUCAAUUUUUAAGAGUUUCUUGAUUAUUAUGUAUAAGAUUUUGAUAUCUAAAGAGUAAAUCAUCCUUACUCAUUGUGCGUGAGAGUUCAUUUAGAGAAUCAACAAAUUUGAUUUCAAAUUGUUCUCAAUUUUUUGGAGGAGAAAAAUCUUAAGGGUUACCUCAUCUUUGGGGAUCAAUAAAAGUCCCAUACAAUCAAUAACUACAAUAGAUGAAAUUAUGAUUGAUUAUAUUCCUACACAGUUCAAAUGUAAGUAGUUAUGAAAGGAGGAUGAAGGUAAUUUCUAUAUGAGGAGCUCAAAGAAAUCUUGGCAAUUUUAUAUUUUAACUGUUUUGAAAAUAUUGCCUUAUUGACAUUUCUUUACAAUAUUUCGAUACUUUCUAUAUUGCCUCGAAGAAAAUUUUUUUAAAAAGAAACUUUUUGGGGCUAUAUAAGCCAUUUUAUUAAUUAACCAAAAACCAAAAUAAAGUUGUCCCAAGCCCAUAAUAAAACAAUCAAAACAACCUAUCUCUAAUUUGAUUAGGGCAAAACCCACUUUCAUUAAACCUAUCUAUAAAUGUUAACUUUAGCUUCAUCUUGAGCUCACUUUCCUCUCUUCUCACUUUGUUGCCUCCUUUCUCUCGACUGAAUGUUACUCUACUCUUCUCUGGUGGGUUGUACCAUCUUUCGAUCUCAACGUUCGACGUUCUCAUCUACAUUAUUCUCACACAAGAUGUGUCACUCCAUCAAGGUAACGCUAUCCUUCAAGGCAUAAAUAGUAGAAAUCAUCUCGACUUUUUGCCUACGCCAGAAAUUGUACUUGACUCUUCAUGGUUCUCAACUCUCUUUGUUGAUGACUAGAAUUUUCGAGUUUGUUACUGAUAUGACGAUGAAACCAGAUCACAAUCAUCCUCUGUUUUUAUCUUCUUCUGAUGCAGCUGGUGCUGUUCAAGUUGGAAUUCAGCUCACAGGAAUGGAGAAUUAUACGCUUUGGAGUAGAGCAAUGCGUCUGAAUCUGUUAACUCGAAACAAGUUGGGAUUCAUUGAUGGACUUGUUCAACGUGGUGAUUUCAAAGAGGAUUCUGAGAAACAGGAUUGGGAUAGCUGUAAUGCGAUGGUGAUUUCAUGGAUCCUGAACAAUGUGAGUAAGGAUAUGGUGAGUGGAAUCUCUUUUUGCUCAAGCGCACAUCUGGUUUGGACUGAUUUAAAGGAACGUUUUGACAAAGUUAAUAUGUCGAGAAUUUUUCAUCUUCAUAAAGUAAUUGCUACUCUUACUCACGGAGUUUCCCCUGUCUCUGUUUACUACUUGAAAUUGAAAGAUCUUUGGGAUGAGUAUGAUUCAAUUACUCCACUUCGUGUGUGUGGUUGUACAAAAUCCAAAGAUUAUACUGAUAGUUUGUUGAGGCAAAAAUUGUUACAGUUCCUUAUGGGAUUGAACGACAUUUACAGUCAAGCUCGUAGUCAGAUUCUAAUGAUGAAUCCUACUCCGAGUGUGAAUCAGUGUUAAGCUAUGAUCAUACAGGAUGAAAGCCAAAGAGUGUUGUCUGGUGAACAUUGCACUGGUGGAUCUCACAUUGAUCCAACGGCAUUGUUCUCACACAGAUCUGGAAGUUCAAUGGGAUCUUAUUCGAAUGGAAUUGGCUAUACAGGAGGCGCAGGUGGUUCAGGUAAUUCUGGUGGUAGUUUAGGUGCAAUUCGACCAAGAAGAAAUCCUCCUCUGUUCUAUGAGUAUUGUAACAUGAGAGGUCAUUCUAAGGAAGCUUGUUUCAAACUCCUACAAGGCAACUAUUGCAACAUGAAAGGUCAUACUAGGGAUACAUGUUAUAAGUUGAUAGGGUAACCUGCUGAUUUCAAAGGGAAAAAGAAGAUCACUGCUGCUUCUGUUGUGCCAUCUCCUUCCAGAGCAAUGCAGUGAUACAACUACAUUUUACUCAGGAUCAGUAUACUCAGAUUCUCAAGCUACUAAAUAAGCCACCAAUACCUGAUUCCACUGAUAAUUUUCAGGCUCACAAUGCUAACACAGCAGGACAUCUUCACUGGGAAGGUGAAGGGGAUUGGUAGUGAGCAGAAUGGACUCAGCACAAUGAGGUCACCAGUACAGAAUGAAGGCAAAGUUAUAAAGCUUUGGCUGUGGCAGAUUUUAGAGAAGAGGGGAUCCUUUGGCAUCAGAGAAUGGGGCAUGUGCCCAUGACUGUUAUUAGAAAAUUGAAUGUAGUUAAUGAUAGACAGAUUCUAGUUUUAGACCAUUGUGAUAUAUGUCCGAUUCCCAGACAAGUUAGAUUACCUUUUAAAUCUAGUACUUGUAGAUCAUCUCAAUGUUGACUUGAUCCAUAUGGAUGUUUGGGGACCUUACAAUGUUGCUACUCAUAAUAACAUGAAGUCCUUUCUUA